UGUCUGUUGGAGUAAAAGGGGCUCGGAGGGGCCGAGAGGGGCUCGGGCUGGACCAUCCCGUGGUGCGGGGGGGACCGGGUUGUACCAACCCCCUGGAUAGGGGGCAGGGCUGUACUCGGCUCUCCCUCCGACGGGUGGGGCAAACAGGUCCUGUGUAUCCACCCGGCCUGGAGGCUGGAAGAUGAAACCCGCGAGGAAGGCUGCCACCUCCUCCUCUUCCUCCUCGUCCAGCAGCAGCAGCCGCUCUCCCCCGUCCACCCGGGCCAAGACCCAGAAGCGCAGGACGGCUGAGGGGGGGCCCAAGCCGGCAGGGGAGGAGGAGGGGGGCGGGGGAGGCGGGGAGGAAAGCCCUGCCCAGCCCCCGCCCUUGCCAAGCCCCCAUCUCAUGCCAGUGAAGAUGGACCCCUACGAGCCGCCCGAGGGGGAGCCGGGGUGUGACGACCCUCCAGGGGAGCCCCCUCUGAGCCGCAAGACGGCCACCUUCAAAUCCCGAGCUCCCCGCAAGAACCCGGCGGCCGGGGAGGAGUGGAGCGGGUCCGAGGGCUCCGGGGCGCCUGGCGAGGAGGGCGCUGGGCACUGCCCCUCCUCCAGCACCGACACGGCCAGCGAGCACUCGGCCGACGAGGACGCCAAGGGAGCCGGGGGGGAGUUGUGGGGCCCGGCCCCCGGCCCCAGCGAUUAUGAUCUGCGGCUGCUGCGCUCGCAGCGGGUCCUGGCCCGGCGCCAGGGCAUCUUCCAGCCAGCCGUGGUCAAGCACAUCCGGCGUGGCCAGGACCUGGGACUUCAGUUCGCCGGCGACCGGGCCAUCACCUACUACGAGGGGGCGCUGGGCUCGGGGGCCCUGGACGUGGUCCUGGACACCACGCCCCCUGCGGGCGCUGUGGCAGUGGGGGCCCGUGUCUGCGUCAGCGUGGCCCCCGAGGAGACGGCCUACUACGAGGGCACCGUGCUGGAGGUGAGCCUGAAGCCGGCCUCCUACAAGGUGCGUCUCGCCGGCCUCAGCCCGGCCCCCCGCAAGGACACGGUGUGGGUGCCGCGCUCCGGCCUGCGGCUGCUUCGCCCGCCCUGGAGCCCGGCUGUCGCCGCGCCCCCCAAGCCAGAGGAGGAGGAGCCUCCCUGCCCUGAGCCCAAGCAGCCGGAGGACGCCGAGGUCUCCAAGAUCAGCGCCGGCGUGCGGGGGGCAGGGGAAGAGAAGCCUCCGGCCGCCCCCCCGCAGCUGCUGUCGCCCCCCAAGUCCCCGGCCUUUGCCCGCCUGCCGGAGCAGGCCUCCCCGCUGCUGAGCCCCGAGGCAGGCGGCAGCCGGAGCAGCAGCGUGGUGUCGGUGGAGAAGUGCAGCACUCCGGGCUCGGCGCGCUCCCGCACGCCCCUGACGGCCGCCCAGCAGAAGUACAAGAAGGGGGACGUGGUCUGCACCCCCAAUGGCAUCCGCAAGAAGUUCAACGGGAAGCAAUGGCGCCGGCUCUGCUCCCGCGAGGGCUGCAUGAAGGAGUCGCAGCGGCGUGGCUACUGCUCCCGCCACCUCUCCAUGCGCACCAAGGAGCUGGAGAGCCUGUCGGAGGGCCGGGCCAGCGGGCUGCGGGAGGGCAGCGCCGAGUUCGACUGGGAUGAGACGUCCCACGACAGCGAGGCCAGCAGCGCCCGCGGCGACUCCCGCCCCCGCCUGGUGGCGCCGGCCGACCUGUCCCGCUUCGAGUUCGACGAGUGCGAGGCGGCCGUCAUGCUAGUGUCGCUGGGCAGCUCGCGCUCGGGCACCCCGUCCUUCUCGCCUGUCUCCACCCAGUCGCCGUUCUCGCCCGCCCCCUCGCCGUCCCCCUCGCCCCUCUUCGGCUUCCGGCCCGCCAACUUCAGCCCCAUCAACGCCUCGCCCGUCAUUCAGCGGGCGGCUGCCCGCAGCCGCCAUGUCAGCGCCAGCACGCCCAAAGGGGCGGGGGGCGGCGUGCUGAGCCCCGAGAUGCUGCACCACGCCCCACACCGGGAGCGGCACUCCUCGGGCAUCGUGCCCACCUUCCAGACCAACCUGACUUUCACCGUGCCCAUGAGCCCCAGCAAGCGCAAGGCAGAGGCGCCCCAUGGCGGGCCGGGUGGGGGCGCCGACUUCCAGAAGAGCGACAGCCUGGACUCGGGGGUGGAGUCGGUCUCCCACACCCCCACCCCCUCCACGCCUGCCGGCUUCCGGGCCGUCUCGCCCCCCGGCCCCGGGCCCUUCUCCUCCCGCUCCCAGCAGGCCUCGCCGCUGCUGCUGCUCUCCCCGCCAACCGGGCUGACCUCCGACCCCAGCCCCACGGUGCGCCGGGUGCCGGCUGUGCAGCGGGACUCGCCCGUCAUCGUCCGCAACCCCGACGUGCCGCUGCCCUCCAAGUUCACAGAGAAGCCGCGGGACGGGCGGGUGGGCAGCCCCCGGCUGGGCAAGGUGGGCACCAAAGAACAGCUGCAGGUGCCGGUGCCCAUCAAUAUGGGGCGGGCGCUGCCCUGCAGCCAGCCCAGCGCUGUCCCGGCCCCGGAGCAGGCACCCCCCGUCUUCAGCGUCUCCUCGCCCUUCCAGCCAGUCGCCUUCCACCCCUCCCCGGCCGCCCUGCUGCCCGUCAUUGUGCCCAACGACUACUCCGGGCCGCCGGCCCCCAAGAAAGAGAUCAUCAUGGGCCGGCCUGGCACAGCGGGAGAAGGACCAUAUCCGGCGACCCAUGAACGCCUUCAUGAUCUUCAGCAAGCGGCACCGGGCUCUGGUGCACCAGCGGCACCCGAACCAGGACAACCGCACCGUUAGCAAGAUCCUGGGCGAGUGGUGGUACGCGCUGGGGCCCAAGGAGAAGCAGAAGUACCAUGACCUGGCCUUCCAGGUGAAGGAGGCGCACUUCAAGGCGCACCCCGACUGGAAGUGGUGUAACAAGGACCGGAAGAAGUCCAGCUCGGAUGCCAAGCCCUCGGCGCCGGGGCCCGGGGGGGGCCCCAAGGAGGCGCGGGAGCGCAGCAUGUCAGAGACGGGCACGGCCACCGUGCUGGGAGCCUCCUCGGAGAUCCCAGCGCUGGCGGGGCCAGAGAGCAAGGCAGGGGGCACAGGGCACGCGCCCGGGGAGCGGCUGAGCCAUGUGCCGGGGGCUGGGGCGCAGCGGCCCCGGGCCUUCUCCCACAGCGGGGUGCAUGGGCUGGACGCCGGGGAGCGGGACAGCCAGGCGCUGCAGGAGCUCACGCAGAUGUGUUCCGGCCCGUCGCCCUACCCCGGCGGGAAGGGGCAGUAUGGGGGGCCGGGCCCCUCGGGGUCCCCAUUCGCAGCUCCAGGUGAGGGUCCCCGGCCCCCCCUGCUGCCGCCGGCCCCCCGCGCCGCCCGCUCCCAGCGCGUGGCCAGCGAGGACAUGACGAGCGACGAGGAGCGCAUGGUCAUCUGCGAGGAGGAGGGGGACGAUGAUGUCAUUGCGGACGAUGGGUUCAACCCGCCUGACAUUGACCUGAAGUGCAAGGAGCGGGUGACGGACAGCGAAAGCGAGACCUCCUCGGGCGAGGAGCCCGACGGCAAGGGCUUUGGGCGGAAGCUGUUCUCCCCAGUGAUCCGCUCCCCGCCGCUGCCCCCCUCCUCGGGCGCCUUCGCCCCCUGCCGCCUGCCAGCCCCCACCGAGCUGGACCUGCCCCACGGCCCCGACCAGACCCCCCUGGCCAAGCCCUACAGCCCCUUCCCGCUGGCGCUCAGCCCCUUCAAGACCCAGGACUCACGGGGGCCCCGGCCCCCUGGCCCCCUGCCAGCCAAGCGCCCUGAGCCGCCCCCCCCUUACCGCAGGAAGCGGGCUGACAGCGCCGGGGGGGCUGAGACGGGCGCUGCCGGACCCUCGGUCAUCUCCUCCCCCGGGGGGGUGCUGCAGGCGCUGGUGCUGCCGGAGCCGGGGCGCCUGUCCGCGGGCACGGUGCUGGUGCCAGCCCCCUCGCUCAGCGGCUACGGCGGGGCGCCGGGUCUGGCACGCACCGCCUCCACCGUGGUCACCAACGUGGUCAAGCCAGUCAGCAGCACCCCCGUGCCCAUCGCCAGCAAGCCCUUCCCUCGGGGGGCAGGUGAGGGCAGGCCCCUGCUCAGCCCCCCAGCCCUGGAGCUGGCCCCGCCGCCCCUGGCCGUGCUGGGGGGUGCCAAGCCGGAGGCCGUGCCCGUGGGUCGCAUCGGCCUGCUCUAUGCCGACAAGAAGCCUCCGCCCCCCGCCAGCCAGGCCCCAUCCCCCCACCUGGUGGUCGGGCCAAUGGGCAAGGCUCCGGCGGCCCCGGGCAACGUGGUGACCAACCUGCUGGUGGGGCAGGCGGGGGGCGCGGCGGCCGGGCCGGCCCCCGUGACUGUGCUGCCACCGCAGCCCUCAGUGCAGUUCAUUACCCAGAACCCCCCGGGGGCCGGGCCCAAUGGGCCGGUCCCCCUGGGCAUCCUGCAGCCCCAGGGCCUCCUGUCAGGGGCGCCAGGCAAGGCCGGGGGCAUCACCCAGGUGCAGUACAUCCUGCCCACCCUGCCCCAGCAGCUGCAGGUGGCCGGGGGCAAGGGGCCAGGGGCCGGAGCCGCCAGCAUCCACUUCACCCUGCCCCCCACCAGCAGCAAGGUGCUCGCCACCGCGCCCCACGGCCUGCCCAUCCUCCAGCCUGGGCCUGGCAGUGCCAGCACCGCCGUCACCGUCGUCUCCACCGCACCCAAAGCCCAGUCGGCGUCUCCGGUGCAGGCCCCGGGCCCCGGAGGCUCGGCCCACCUGGUGCAGGGCAAGGUGCUAGUGCCCGUGGCAGCCCCCCAGGUGACGGUGCGGCCCGGGGGUGGGGCUGGCCCCAUGGCCCAGGUGGCGCCGCCCUUCCCGGUGCCCCUGCAGAACGGAUCCCAGCCCGCCAGCAAGAUCAUCCAGCUGACGCCGCUGACCCCCGCGCCGAACAGCGCCGCCCUGGCGCCCCCCCUGAGCCCCGCCACGGCCCUCGUGGGACCCCCCAGCCAGGCCCAGAAGGUGCUGCUGCCCUCCUCCACCAGGAUCACCUAUGUGCAGUCCACAGGCGGGCACCAGCUGACCCUGGGCACCUCGGCCUCCCCCUCGCAGCCUGGCGCCGCCCCCGCCGCCACCUAUGUGCAGGCCCCUGUGGGGCCGGCCCCCAUGGCUCUGGGCUUCACGGCCAUCGGGCCCAGCGGGCCGGCCAUUGUGCAACCGCUGCUCUCGGGGCAGAGCCCCCUGCUGGCCCCGGGGCAGGUGGGGGUUUCCCCGCUGCCCAGCCCCCAGCUGCCCCCCUCCUGCAGCGGCCCGGUGAUCACGGCCAUCUACCCCGGCCCCCCGAGCGCCGGCCCCGCCCCGUCACCCGCCCACGGUCUCGUCUACAGCGUGGCCAGCCCCGCCCCGGCCCCCAUCCUGCCCAAGGGCAGCAGUGCCGGCAGCCAGGGCACACUGGGGCCUGGACCCAUGGGCCCCCUCGCCUUUCCCCCAGCGCCCGCCCGUCCCCCCCGUCCCCCGCCGAAGCCCCCCCAGAAGGUGAAGGCCGCCAUCGCCAGCAUCCCCGUGGGCUCCUACGAGAUGGCCCCGUCACCCAGCCCUGCCCGGCCUCCGGGGGGGCAGCAGACGGAGCCCGGGGGUCCUCCCCGUGUCCCCCGGGAGCUGGAGAGCCCCAGGGAGCCCCCGGAGCCGCCUGCCCCCUCCCCACCGCCCCAGCCCCCCCGGCCCGGGCCAGCUCCAGACCCGGAGAGCUGGGAUGGGCGCCCCCCCUCGCCCGCGCCCUCCCAGCACCUGGCGCCCGAGGCUGAGAGCGGCGAGGGCUGGAGCCAGCGGGAGGCGGUGCCGGGGGCCGGCGAGGAACGAACACCCCGAGAGCCGGCGAGCGCACCCGGAGCCGCCCUGGGGGGCAAGGGGCCCGAGACGACCCCCCGGGGGCCCGUCUCUCCCGACUGGAGGGUCCCGGGUCCUGAGAGCCGCCCUGAAGCCCCAGCCCCCCCUGCCGGCCCUUCGUCCUCUGCGCUCAGCCCUGCCCCCGCUGGCUCUGGGGAGGGGUCCAGGGGGGCAGGCCCCACCCCCGGUGCGCCCGAGGGCCCGGAGCGCAAGGAGGGGGCGGGCGGCAAGAAGGUGAAGGUCCGGCCUCCCCCGCUGAAGAAAACCUUCGACUCGGUGGACAAGGUUCUGUCCGAGGUGGAUUUCGAGGAGCGAUUCGCGGAGCUGCCCGAGUUCAAGCCCGAGGAGGUUCUGCCCUCGCCCACACUGCAGUCGCUGGCCACCUCGCCCCGCGCCAUCCUGGGCAGCUACCGCAAGAAACGCAAGAACUCCACCGACCUGGACUCCUCCACCGAGGACCCCAUCUCACCCAAGCGGAAGAUGCGGCGCCGCUCGAGCUGCAGCUCGGAGCCCAACACACCCAAGAGCGCCAAGUGCGAGGGCGACAUCUUCACCUUCGACAAGACGGGCGCGGAGGCGGAGGACGUGCUGGGGGAGUUGGAGUACGAGAAGGUCCCGUAUUCGUCGCUGCGCCGGACCCUGGACCAGAGGCGGGCGCUGGUCAUGCAGCUCUUCCAGGACCACGGCUUCUUCCCCUCGGCCCAGGCCACGGCUGCGUUCCAGGCCCGCUACUCCGACAUCUUCCCCACCAAGGUCUGCCUGCAGCUGAAGAUCCGCGAGGUGCGGCAGAAGAUCAUGCAGGCGGCCACCCCCACAGAACAGGCCCCCAGCACGCCCGAGCCAGGGGGCCCGGGCAGUGGCGGUGCCGCGGAGGGGCAGCCCCCGGAGCCUGUGCCCCCCCAGGACUCGGACCCAGGGGCAGAGGCUGGUGGCAGCACCAGCUGGGACAAUAGCCAGACGUCUCCCCCGGGGGGCCCCGCAGGCAGCAGCAGAUGAAGGGCCUUGAGCGGCACGGCUGGAAGCAAAGCAUUCUGGGAGCUUCGCCCGCCUUCCUGCUACACCCCUGACUGGCUCCCCCGGGAUGGUCCACUCCGCCAUGGACUGCAGCGCCCUACUGCAAGGAUGGUCUGCUCCGCCAUGGGCACCAGCGCCUGCCCGCCCCCCAGCCAGGAUGGUCUGCUCCGCCAUGGGCACCAGCGCCUGCCCCCCACAGCUAGGAUGGUCUGCUCCGCCAUGGGUCCCAGCGCCUCC